AUAAGUACAUAUGUAACUGAAAAGUUUAUGAGAAAAACAAUGCCGAAUGCUCUAAAAUAUGAGAACAGUGAAGAAAUGGAAGCGAGUAAAAUAUCGGAGAAAAAGCGACUGGAAUCCGUAAAACUUAAAAAAGAAAUUUUCAGAGCUAAAGAAUUAGCAGUACAAAAUGCACUAAGAAAUUUGGAUAGUAUUCCGAGUAAUAAUAAAAUAAUAUUUGACGAUGAUAUUAAUAAAAUAAAGCAACCGAAAACUAAAGAAAAAAAGAAAAACAAACGUGAUUUGUUUUAUGAUGAAGAUGACGAUGAUGAUGGACCAGUUUGGGAUGAUAGUAAAUUCAAAAUUAAAGAUGUUACAGGAAAGUACUUUGGGCAUAAGCUUGCCUUAGGGAAUGAUGAACGAUUUAAGCUUGACAUGCGUUUUAUAGAAGAUGAUCAUAAAUCAAAUGAAAAUAUUACCAGAGAAAAUGAUAAUAACACUAGCCUUCAAAGAGAAAAAGAAUUACAAUUAGAUAUUUUAGAAAAUAUUUUAGGGGCACCAAUUGCUUCAAAGAAUAGAAGCACAAAUAUAGAUUUAAAAUAUGCAAAAAAAAGAAUGAUAAGGUAUGAUCCUACAGAAAACAACCAUAAGGAAUAUGAAAUUGAUAUGAAGAAAUCAGAGGUAGAUAUUAAGAAAGUUCAGAAGAAGAAAAAAAUUCAAGAUAAAGUUGAAGACACAAUUGAAAACUCACCUGUUGAAGUUUCAAAAGAUGUAUAUUUUUCAGUAUCAGACACACUGUCGAAAACUUUAAAAGGAGGAGAGCACUUUAGCUUAUUAAAAACAUAUGGAAAAGCAGAAGAAGUUACAGGAAAUGAUAAUUACAAUAGAUCAUAUACACAGCCACUGGAACCUCCAAAAUUUCAAUUUAGUCUUAAUUCAAAGAACCCAUUUAAAUAUGAUUCUUCUGAUGAUGAAUGUAACAACAAAUAUGAAUAUGUAGACAAGGAACAAUACAUUAAUGAUGAAAUGCAAGACACAAAUAAGUUUUUUUUUUAUAAUAAUGAUGUUCGUUUUAAUGAGGCAAACAAAUUUUUUUCUGAAGAAUCUACACCUAAAGAUGGAUUUAACGAACUUAGA